AAUGAUGAAAUUGAAACCAUACUACCACAGUUGCCGCGUCUGGAUACUUGGGUGAAAGAAUGGUCAAUAUCUACGGAGCAAUUUGACAACAAAAAAACAUAUAAUGAAUUGCAUAGUAAGCGAUCUCACGACUUCCUACUGAAAUAUCUUGCGACCUAUACGUCAUCUGAUGAUCUUUCUGCGGCAAAGUCCGCAGCAAGUCGUGCAAUCAUAGAAGCAAUUCAGUUACCUGAAAUUUUAAGUUUUGAAGAUUUACUUGAGUUAGACGCUAUUCAAACAUUAAAAAAUGAUGAGGUUUUUGAAUUAUUAAAAGUUUUUUUAAAUGGGAAUUUGAAAGAAUACAAAUCAUACGUCGACACAAAUCCGGGCGUUGUGGAAAAACUUGGUAAACAGAUAGAAUAUAACACGCGUAAGAUUCGCUUACUGACAUUAGCUUCUUUAGCAUCGGAACACGUUGCGCGCGAGAUUACGUAUCAAACAAUUGCAAAAGCUCUCGAAAUUGAAGAAGAUGAAGUCGAAAUGUGGACAAUCGAUGGUAAAACUCAAUACAGCAAAUUUUUUGGCCAAUGGCAACAAUUAUCCGACAAACUAGAUGGUUGGAAGCAAUCACUUGCAGAUAUUUUACAAGUGAUUGCUAAUGCAAAAUUAAUUGCGCAACAUUCAAAUGUGAACGCUAACGUUGCAUCAAGUUCAGCUGUUGUUGUAAUUGAUGGAGCAAUCGGUCAAGAGGAAGAGUCGUGA